CCGCACACUGGUGGUGCUGGCGAUCCUGCCACUCCUUACGGCGCUCUUCAAGCCGGACAGGGUUUGGGCAGCAACGGACAUCAUCAUAGUGGCGGCGGCAUGAUGCCGGAUCACCCACAUCACCCUGGACACCCCCAUCCGCACAUGCCGGGACAUCCCGCGUAUCCACCGGUCAACCACAACAAUAAUUGCACGCUCAAGCAAGAAGGUGUCCCAACCGGAUCAACGGGCCUUCGGCAGUGCGCUGCCUGCGGUGUACAAAUAGUGGAACGAUAUCUGUUGCUAGCAAUGGACCGAUACUGGCACAUUGGCUGUCUCAAGUGCUCGUAUUGCAACGUAAUAUUGGGAGAAGUCGGCGAUUCUUGCUACACCAAGAGUGGCAUGAUCCUCUGCAAAACUGAUUACAGACGAAUGUUUGGCAACAGCGGAGUUUGCGCGAGUUGCGGCAACGCAAUUCCCGCGACCGAGCUGGUCAUGAGGGCCGGCGACUCGGUGUUUCACCUGAAAUGUUUCACCUGCAACAAGUGCGGCGGUCAGCUCGUAUCCGGCGACAGAUACUACCUGCUCUCGGGGUCGCCGGUUUGCGAGACCGAUUGGCACAAGAUCGUGAAGUCGUCGAGUCUCACAGCGGCUGCCGCCGCGACCGGCAAUAGCGGCACGCCCGUGAGGAAAGGUAAACCGACGCCCCCAGCCGUCGUACCUUCGCCACAGGUAGACGUCGUGGACGUCGCCGUCGGGGUGGAUCCCUAUUCGCCGCCUCCGCCGGGUCAUCAGCACUAUCACCACUACCACCAUCAUCACCAUCAUCACCAGAUGGCACUCGUGCAUCCGGGUCUGGCGGCCCAGCAAUCGCACCUGCAAGCAGCCAGCUAUCAGGACUGGUCGCCCUGGGCCCAAGAUACCUGCGACUGAACCUGCUCACACCUGCUCAACGCAGCAAGUCCGAAUCCCCUAAGGACGUAGCGAUGAACGAGAGAGACCUAAUGUGUCAUUGCGAAGUCCAGUGCCCUACCCCUCAGGAAAAUUUACCUGGUAGACGAAGAAGAUUCCUACGUGGGAUCGCGUCGACUUUGAAAAUUUUCAGUGUCUCUGGACUUGGCGCCGUGAUAUCGAACGUGUAUCUGAAACGACGUGUGGUCGCGGUAGCCGAACGUCUCCGAACUAUGGACACCGCGUUUACUGAACAUAAUAGAACUUGCCGCGGAUGUCGUAUGUGUCUUUUGCGUUCCGCCGAUGUUGCCGUGUCGAGUGGCAAAUUUGGCGCGGAUACCGAGAUCUCAUUGAAUCAAAUCCGAAGAACCGCUUCUCGACUUCAUGUGCACGUUGGUUUUUUAGACUUGUAAUGGACGCGUGAAUUUCCGUUGAUUUUUGCAGCACACACAUACUGACAAUUGUCUCCUUUGAAUAUAUUAUAUUUCUUACAGACAUUGCCGCAAGAAGUUCGAGAAGUUCGAACGGUAGCGAGUUAAAGAAUUGAGAACCUCAUUUUUCUUCAGAAACGAAGCGCUGUGCGAUGUAUCCGCGACAGAUCCGCGUGAUCACACUUGACACCGCAUCGCGGAAAGCAUCUCCGUGACGCAAGCAAAUCCGCCGGGUCUUCUUUAAUAAUAAUCUUUGCUCAAUUGUAAAGAAUCGAAGAAAGUAUAAAAAAAAAAAAAAAAAA